AUUAUCUUAUGAGAAUGUGUUGGAGGCCGAAAGAUGUGGAGACUUGUUAGAGUAGGCUUGCAAGUUGUUGAACAACUGAAAAUUCCCAAAAGCAGCUAUUUUCGUCGUGGACUCUCUGAGAAGUUUUUUUCUUUGACUCGAGACACAAAUAAUUCUCGUAAAUUGGUUCCACUUAUAACAGAGGUUUCGGAUCCUAGACUGUUUCCUAGUAUCAGAAGGAGUUCUGCCUCGUUUUGGGAAGAUAUAAAACAACGUAUUGAAAAAUAUUCGACAAGAGUAGAGUUUUACAGGGAUUUGUUUGCCUCUCCGAGGGCGAAGUUAGCGUUGAAAAAAUUUGGUUAUUUUAUUGCCGGCUUCAAUGGAAUGUUCAUCUACAUGUCCCUCGAAUAUGGAAAUUGGGACUUUGCUUAUGACUUGAAUGCAACCUAUGCUGACAUUGAUCACGUAGUAGAUCUUAUUUGGGAUCCCACGUUGGUGGAAUAUUAUAUGGCCUUGAGGAAGACUCUGAAUGAAAUGGAGAAUGGUUUGGAUUGGCUACUGUUUGCCACUUAUUUCGAGAAAACAGGAGACACGAACAUUGCUUAUGAAGCCAAGGCCAUGGCGUAUUUAGUUGAAGGAGGAAAGUUGGAAGAGUUCGGUAACCUUGUUGUGAAAAGUCCCGUUCCACAAAGACCGCAAUAACUUCCAUUUCUUUUGAAUGUAUAUGUUAGUCUAUCAAAAGAUUUCGACAUUGGCAGUUAUGUCACCUCGUUCUCUUUGGUAUAGAGUGUCUUUUUUCCC